CCUGUGCCCGCUAGGCUGCCCUGCCGAGGGUAUCCGAAGCCCGAGGCAAGAGCGGGAAUCAGAGCGAUCAGUCCUGCCCUCCACGGCCCGGUUCCGGAGCGGGAGGUCUGGAGGCCGCGCUGUUAGUCGGGGUGCUGCCGGGACCGGAAUAGUUACUGCAAAUGUUCGCAUGUCUCUGCGAUUACAGGCUAAGUGAAGGGGACAGCGAAAGGUGAAGACGCAGCUAAAAGUCGUCCUCGGGGCUUAGGAUGCACCCCCGUCGACUGUGUAACCGCUGAGUUUUGAGACAACUGAGUCCUGUAGAAACACUACCCCCUGUGUCUGUCCUCAGCUUUGCUUAAUAACCUUUCCCAGCGCCAAGUGGAAAUCGAGAGAAAUAAAUCACAAUGAGUUAUGCAGAAAAGCCGGAUGAAAUAACCAAAGAUGAAUGGAUGGAAAAGCUCAAUAACUUGCACGUUCAACGAGCAGACAUGAACCGACUCAUCAUGAACUACCUAGUCACAGCAGUGAAGAUAGUUUUCUUUUCAGAGGGCUUUAAGGAAGCAGCAGAGAAGUUUCGGAUGGAGUCUGGGAUCGAACCAAGUGUGGAUCUAGAAACACUUGAUGAGCGAAUCAAGAUUCGGGAGAUGAUUCUGAAGGGUCAGAUCCAGGAGGCCAUCGCAUUGAUCAACAGCCUCCACCCAGAGCUCCUAGACACAAACCGGUAUCUUUACUUCCACCUGCAGCAACAACACUUGAUUGAGCUUAUCCGUCAGCGUGAGACAGAAGCAGCAUUGGAGUUUGCCCAGACGCAACUGGCAGAGCAGGGUGAGGAAAGCAGAGAAUGCCUCACAGAAAUGGAGCGUACAUUGGCCUUGCUGGCCUUCGAUAGCCCUGAGGAGUCACCUUUUGGAGACCUCCUGCACAUGAUGCAGAGGCAAAAGGUGUGGAGUGAAGUUAACCAGGCUGUUCUGGAUUAUGAGAAUCGAGAGUCCACACCCAAGCUGGCAAAAUUACUGAAACUGCUACUUUGGGCUCAGAAUGAGCUAGACCAGAAGAAAGUAAAAUAUCCCAAAAUGACAGACCUCAGCAAAGGUGUGAUUGAGGAGCCCAAGUAGAGCUUGUGCACGGACCCAGCGCUGGCAAUGGGCACAGGACUCUAUUCCGGCUGUGAUGGGCAGAUUGUCACCGCAGUAGAGAACCUUUCCCCCUGUACUUUUCUUUGGCCCCCAUUGUUUAAAAGGAGAAAAUGGCCCUUUUAAACACUGGCAAACCCAUGAUGGAAGACACCAUCUCUGCCACACCCUGUUUCCUGAGAGCUGCACCCACUGCAGUUGACGAUCCCCGUGCUUCCGGAUUGCUGGUUCCAGAAGACGUGUUUGCCACCACGUGCUGCACUGCUAGGGAGUGUCAUCUCAGCUAAAGGCCUCACACGGGACAGCACGUGAACAGUACUGAUGUGCUUUUGCUACCUGCUACAUGCAGGCAGGCAGGGUUUUAUCUUCCUAGUCUCACCAGACCGUCAUGGUUUUCCUUACCCCUUCUUUUCUUUCUUUUUCUUCCUCUUGUUCCUUCAUAGGAAAGAAUAUAUAAAUUUGUAAAUCUUAAUUCAAAGAUAACUUUUGUGUGGGUAUUGAGUUUGGUUUGUUUUUUUGCCUUUGGUGUGGGAUCUGUGUGUGUAAGGGGUGAGACUGGGUUUUUUUAUUUUAAAUUUUUAAAAUAUAUUUUUGGUGCUGUAUGUGAUGAGAGACUCAUUCAUAGUGGAUCAAUGAAUAAUCUCUUGUAGGCAACUUUAUUUGAAAAUAAAGAUUUCCUUUUACUUCCAGAAUAA